GCAAAAGCAGAUUCUGCCAGAAAUGGAGAGGACAUGACGGGACAUUUCCAUUCACCGACUCUGAGAGAGACCUCUACACAUGACCUGCUGCCUUCUCAUCAUAAACCUGUGAACCAGCAAAUACACGGCAGUCCCAGCUCAACCUCUGCAUCCCGCCACCAACUCUCUUUCUCUCUCUCUUUCUUUCUCCACAGACAUCAACACUAUCCUGUGAUUUCUCCUGAUGCUCUGAACUUCCACGUACUGAUCAAGCGGGGAUCACAUCUAAGCUAAACCCAAAACCACUUGACUUAUAUGACAAUCUUCUAGAUUCAGCCAUGCUGAGGAGUGAAUUAUGGGAAAUGGUGGUUGCAAUGGUGCUGUGGGGCAUGUUGUUGCCCUUCUGUCUCAGCCAGACCACCUCACCAUCUCAGGAUGGGAAAAUAAAGUUUCGCUUGGCCGGAUACCCUCGCAAGCACAAUGAAGGGAGGAUAGAGGUGUUUUACAAUGAAGAGUGGGGCACUAUCUGUGAUGACGACUUCACACUGGCCAACGCUCAUGUGCUGUGUCGCCAUCUAGGGUUUGUGGAGGCACUAAGCUGGUCCCACAGUGCCAAAUAUGGACCGGGAAGUGGUAAAAUCUGGCUGGAUAAUGUGAUUUGUGGAGGAAGUGAAAACAGCAUUGAGAAAUGUGUGUCCCGAGGCUGGGGGAACAGUGACUGCACGCACCAGGAGGACGCAGGGGUCAUCUGCAAAGAUGAGAGACUUCCAGGCUUUGCAGAGUCCAACAUCAUUGAGAUGCAGGUGGAUGAAAAGCGUAUGGAGAAGAUCCGUCUGCGCCCACUCAAGGGUGCUCAUGCCGGUCGUUUGCCUGUGACAGAGGGAGUGGUGGAGGUGAAGUUUAAGGAAGGAUGGGGUCACAUCUGUAACACUGGCUGGACCAUCAAGAACUCUCGUGUGGUGUGUGGCAUGAUGGGAUUCCCUUCGCAGAGAUCUGUGGGAAAGAAGCCGAGCAGUCUUAAGAGCGCUUACCAUAUCCACUCGGUGGCCUGCACAGGGAACGAGGCUCAUCUUUCUGCAUGCACGAUGGAGUUCAGCAGGGCCAACUCUAGCGCCCCCUGUCCCGGUGGAGGAGCUGUUGUGGUCAGCUGUGUGCCCGGGCCGCUGUUCACACAGGGUAGAGCGCGCAAAGUCAAGCUCAAUUCAGUGUCUCAGGUGCGUCUGAAGGGUGGUGCAAGGGCAGGCGAGGGUCGUGUGGAGGUCCUGAAGGGCAGCGAGUGGGGUACAGUGUGUGACGACCAAUGGAACUUGCAGUCUGCCAAUGUGGUGUGUAGAGAGCUGGGCUUCGGUACUGCUAAAGAGGCUCUGACUAGAGCACGAAUGGGCCAAGGUAUGGGUCCCAUCUACAUGAAUGAGGUUCAGUGUGGUGGGGAUGAGAAGAGUCUGUGGGACUGUCCUCAUAAGAGUAUCACUGCUGAAGACUGCAAACACAUGGAGGACGCCUCCGUCAUCUGCAACAUUCCCUACAUGGGUUUCGAGAAACUGAUGCGGCUGACAGGGGGUCGGACGCGGUUGGAAGGGAGGGUGGAGCUGCUGCUUCCUGCAGGCGGUGGGGUGAGGGACUGGGGUUUGAUCUGUGGGGACGGAUGGACGUCACGGGAGGCCAUGGUAGUGUGCAGACAGCUGGGGUUGGGACAUGCCAGCAGUGGUCUGAGAAUCCGUAUGAUAGGUGGAAGGACUGAUCACGAGGGUCGCUUGGAGGUUCAAAUCAGUUCCAGAUGGGGAACUAUAUGCAGCGACAAUUGGACCACAAGAGAAGCCAUGGUUGCGUGCAGACAGUUAGGCCUCAAAUACUGCCUGCAUGCUAUCACUGAAACGUGGUACUGGGACAGCAGUAAUGUGACGGAGAUGGUGAUGAGUGGAGUCAAGUGUAAGGGAGAUGAGAUGACUUUGACCGACUGUCAGCAUCAUUCUGUCGUCAGCUGCAAAAGAGCUGGAGCGCAGUUUUCCGCUGGCGUCAUUUGCUCGGACACGGCUUCGGAUCUAGUGCUGAACGCUCCAUUGGUGGAGCAGACGGUCUACAUUGAGGAUCGACCCCUUCACUUGCUCUACUGUGCAGCAGAGGAAAACUGCCUCAGCAAAUCAGCUGCUCAAGCCAGCUGGCCGUAUGGCCAUCGGCGCCUGUUACGCUUCUCCUCUGAGAUACACAACAUUGGCAAGGCUGACUUUCGGCCACGACUUGGCCGCCAUUCCUGGGUGUGGCAUGAAUGUCAUAGGCACUACCAUAGUAUGGAUAUCUUCACCUAUUACGACCUGCUGUCUCUAAACGGGACCAAAGUGGCAGACGGACAUAAAGCGAGCUUCUGUUUGGAGGAUACAGAGUGCCAUGAAGGUGUUUCAAAGCGCUACGAAUGUGCUAACUUUGGAGAGCAGGGUAUCACAGUGGGCUGCUGGGACUUGUACAGACACGAUAUCGACUGUCAGUGGAUUGACAUCACGGACGUUACACCAGGAAACUACAUUCUGCAGGUCAUAAUAAAUCCCAACUUUGAGGUCGCUGAGAGCGACUUCACCAACAAUGCCAUGCGGUGCAACUGCAAAUACGACGGCCAUCGUGUCUGGUUGCAUAAAUGUCAUCUCGGUGAUUCUUUCAGCGAGGAGGCAGAGAAAGAGUUUGAACAGUAUCCCGGGCAGCUCAACAACAAGAUCUCCUAACAUUUCCUUGUAUAAACACCCCAGGGAACCGCAACAACUGCGUGGCUCUGGACAAAGACAAACUUUAAUCACUCAAUGCUACUAGUCUUUCUCAUUUGAAUCCAUUGCUACCAUGGGCCAAUCACAUGCUGUGUCAUGCGAACUUUACUUUUAGAUUAGAUCAUCAGAAAUGAUCACGCAAGCCGAGGACUUCCGGCUAAACAAGAGCUGUGAUUGUGGCUUAUGCCAAUGCAAAUGAAAAAGAGGAAGACAGUGGCUAUAACACUUCCCCCUUUGUGUAUGUGUUGAAGUAUGAACACCAUUCAGUCUGAAACACCAGUUAAUUUUAAGACGCAUCAAGAAAGUUCUUUUUUUCAGUGUUUACAGACGACUGCAAAAAAUCUUUAAUAUAUGUGCAUAUGUUGAUGCCCUGGAAUGAUUCUUGUCUGCUUUCGUGUGUACAUUUGUAUAUUUCUGGAAUGUCCUGUAAUCAUGUUUGUAAAAUAUACAAUCCUACACUUUUAAAAAAAAAUUGUCAAUGCUUCUUAUAGCCUACUUUAUAAUCUAAAAUA